AUGUCCAAUGCCAUUGUAGGGAAGGAAUAUCUGGGAAGCAUGGAGGGUCGCCUGGCCUCGGUUGAGAGGAGGCUGGAAAGGCUUGAGGCACAGGGACCUCCGGAGGAGCAGUUACCAUUAGGCGAAAGUCCUGGAGGCCAACUGCGCGAAAGCCCUAAACCUGUGCUGUGCACAAACGCGCCAGGCGGUAACAAGGGUAAUCAGUCCUUACCACUGAAAGUCAACGGAGGCACUGAUCAGGCACCAAUCGACCCUGUAGAGUUAGCCAGGGGCGAGGAUGAUGAUGAGAUUGAGAUUGGUUAUGUCGGUCCUUCUUCUAACACGGCCUUUACACGGCACAUAUCUAGAGCUGUGUUGCGGCUCUAUAUUGCACCAGAGACUGGUGCAGGCACAGGGAAUCCGGAAAGGUUGCAGCCAUUCCAAGACGACAGCAUGACCCAAUCUGCUCGCCACCUGUCGUCCUCAAAAGUAGCAGCUUCUAAUUGGAGAAGCCAGCCUCAAAUAGCACAGGAUGUGGUCAAUCUAUACGAGCGACCUUCCGACGUCGAAGCGAUGUCUCUGAUAGAUAUGUAUUUUGCAGAUACUGGCUUGCUGUUUCCGUACCUCCAUGAAGAGACAUUUCGGGCGACGUACGAGGCGAUGAAAAGAGACCAUUGGAGAAAUCCGCAGAAGACGUGGCUUGCAAUACUAAACGUGGUAUUUGCAGUCGGAACGAGUAUGAACAUUUCGGCCAAUUGGAGUGCUCAAGAUCGUGCAGCCAUGUCAGACACCUACUACCAGCGGGCGUUAGGCCUCUGUGAAAGACAGAUCUGGCAGGGCUGCACAGUAGAACUCGUGCAAUGUCUCCUUCUGAUGGGACAGUACCUUCAAGGGAUGCAAUUCACUCAGACAUGGAUAAUACAUGGCCUUGCUGUAAAAGCAGCCUUCCAAGUCGGCUUACAUUCUGCUGAGCGUUCAAAGACUCUGGCACCUAUCGACCGCGAGAUGAGAAAGCGGAUAUGGACACUGAGCAUGACAUUUGGACGGCCUGCUUCGAUACCCGAGUCAUAUGUCCGUCUAGAGCUCCCGGUCGCUGUUGAUACCGACCAUCCUUUGUCACAGAUUGAUACUAGAAAACGCAAUGGCGUGGACUUGUUCAACGCAACGAUUUGCCUAUACCGAGUCAUGUGGAAAGUAAUUGAUACUCUUUACGAUGGUAACAUGAGCUGCGAUACCUCUAUAAGUAUUUUCGAUACCGGAAAGUGUCUCAUUGAGCUCGAACGGGACCUAGUUGAGUGGGAACGCUCCGUCCCGGGAACCUUGGGUCUCAAGACCUUGCAGGACAUACAGUCGAUCCACGAAGAUCCAGAUCUGCAGGAGAAAUGUGGAGUCAUACUUACUUUGCGUUACCAGAAUCUCCGAAUCCUCGCCCAUCGACCAAUCUUGGUCAGGUUCCUCCAGAUCUGCGGAGAUGCUAACAGGAACGAUCGAGAACUGGCACUGCUUCAACAAAUUGGGUCGCCAAGCAUCGAAGUCUGUAUUCAAUCGUCGCGAGAAAUUAUCACGAUCGCCAAUCUCAUCGUACAGUCUACAGGUACCCGGCGUGGCUUGCUGGGUGCUUGGUGGUCUUCGCUCUACUUUACUUUCAACGCAGGGCUUGUCAUAUUUGCAUGCGCCCUUGUCAAUCAGACAGUUGGCUUCACCCGGGAUUCUCUAUCGGAGUCGUUGGCCACGGCAGAGCACACCCUGCAAGUAGCUGUAAAUGCAUUGUUGCUCUUAGACAAUGGGAACAAAGUCGUGGAGAAGUGUGCUCGAUACCUAGGUCGACUAGCUCAGUUUCUGUCAUAUUUUGUGUCAAAUGUCGCAGUGUCAACCCCAUCCAGCACCGUAAGAUAUCCAUGGAUGGGCGCAGAGCAUCUCGCAUCUGAUCUGCCGAGCUCGUCAUCUACCAUUAUACCACAGAUGAGUAUGCCUGACUUUGGAUCUCACCAGGCCAGGUCCGGUAUGGAUCUUGGUGGGUUUAUGAUGGAGAGCGACUUGGACUUCCUAAAUUAUUUCCGUGUCCCGCCUACCUAG